AUGCGUCUUUUGAGCAAAAGCCAUGUGAGCAAUUCACCACCUGAGGAAUGGGCCAACUCGUCACUCCAAUCGACCCGCUCUCUAUUGCUGCCAUUCGGAAACUGGCUGCGCGUGAACCGCGCCACGGUCAACAAAGAUGAAGUCCCUGACUAUUACAAUGUCAUAGAAACGCCAAUGGAUUUGUCCACCAUGGAAGAAAGAUUGGAACAUGACAAAUAUGCUACACCAAGGGGCCUUGUCGACGGUCUUAAGCUCAUCUUUAGUAAAUAUCAGCGGUAUAACGAUGCAACAACGGCUGCUGUGCAAGGACCUAGUCACCUAGGUAUACAAGGCGGUUCUACUACUUAUCAGUCUGCCAAUGACUGGAAGAUCGUCGGAAAGCUUAGCGAACACAAUAGCCAGUCGAAUGCUGAGAACUACAAGGACGACCCGAGACUUACGGAAGCAUGGGGUCUAUUUGAAUGUGUCAACACUCGGACUACUACUGGACUUUGCACAAAGACGAGCGUAAUGAUAUCUGUCAAGCAUCCAAGCAAGCGUGAAUCAACUGUGCAAUUGCUGGGAUGCUAUAUCGUUGGUUUUCCAGACAGUCGCAAAUCGAGGGCAGCUGAUGUGUGGGACCCAGAAAUUGGGUGGGAGUGGAGGUUGUCGAAUGAUAUUAUACCUUGGUACUGGAAGGAUGAGGGCUUGGCAUACCACGUGAUCAAUGUUCACUUACCCAACCACUAUGUAGCACGGGAUGAGGACCUUGGAGAUCCUCGUCGAGUAACAGUAUAA